AUGGCAAAGACCAUGAAUCAUGUUCGAGCUCUUGUCGGAAUUCCGCAGACUCUUCGCCAAAUAUUCCUGUCGUCAAUAGAGUCACAAUCUAUACUAUUUGCGGAACGUCAGAUUGUGUGGAGGCAGACAAGAUGCUAUCGCUUCCAGCCCGUGCGGCCACAACCUGUCGCUUCGAGACCGGAGACACAAAUGCUUAGGCGACCCGAACCAGUCAAUCUUCAAAAAAAUUACGGACCACAGGGAAACAACAAGGGUAGCACGGGUGGCAAAGGGGUCAAGGACCACAAUGGACUCAUAAAAGACGAGAACAUUCACGCAGAGAGAGUGCAGAUUGUGAACGAGGAUGGAUCGCUCGGGGAGCCGAUGUCAGUUGCCGCUGCAUUGCACACUUUCGACCGUUUCGUAAACGUCCUUCUCCAAGUCGCCCCCGAAACCGCUGAGCGCCCAGCCAUUUGCAGGAUUACUAGCAAAGGACUACUGCAGCAGAAAUUACAAGCAAAAUUAAAAACCCCCAAAGACCCAAACCACGCGCUAAAGCAGGUCGAGCUGAACUGGGGCAUUGAUGGCCAUGACCUCUCGCAUCGAAUGAAGAUGGUUGAGACAUAUAUUGAGAAGGGAAAGAAGGUUGAAUUCAUAUUGCUGCAGAAGGAUCGGAGGAAAAAGAAGCUUCCGACCCCAGAGAAGGCUCGUGAGCUUGUUAAGACGAUAAAAGAGCAACUUGCAGAGAUGGGCGCUGUGGAGACUAAGAAGAUGGAGGGGACCCUACUGGGACGGCUUACGAUACAUGCUGAGAAGUUGAAGAAGCCGUGA